AUGGUGCCUGAGAGCAGCUCCCCAGAACCUAGCCAUCUCUUAUCAGAAAACAUCACCAAUUCCUCCAACACUCAUCUACUGGCAUCGGCGAAUGAUACUUCCCGAUCCCACAACAAUACCCCAGCACCAGAAGCCCGCUCAGUACUAACACGUCUAUACAUCUCACACACACUCUCAGCAUGGAACUCACGCAUCUUCGAAUUUGGCGCCGUGCUCUUCCUAGCGUCGAUAUUCCCGGGCACACUACUGUAUGCUUCGAUAUACGCUCUCGUGCGGGCGUUUUCAACCGUCGCGCUAUCGUCCUGGCUGGGUGCGCAAGUUGAUAGCUCAGAUCGGCUUGUGGUUGUGAGGCAUUCGAUUGUGUGGCAAAGACUCCCUGUCGGAGUGUCGUGCUUGUGCUUUAUAGCGACUCUGUCUACGGACUCUUGGGCACUUACGAUUGUCUUGUUCGUUAUUCAGGGCUUGCUGGCUUGUAUAGAGAAAUUGGCCGCUACGGCUAAUACAGUGGCCGUGGAACGGGACUGGGCAAUCGUGAUCUCGGAUAGUAUCAAUGUCCCUCGCCAAGACCUAAAUGCCUCAAUGAGACGAAUCGAUCUCAUCUGCAAACUCCUAGCACCAGUAUUCAUCUCCUUGAUCGACAGCAUAUCAACUCGAUACGCAAUCUGGACAGUCUUCACCCUAAACACCACAUCCGUGCUGGUUGAAUACAUGGCCAUUGCCCAGGUCUACCAAUCAGUCCCAGCCUUGACCAAAACAAAUCCUAUACCACAAGCAGAUGAUAUAAAUAGCGAGAAUGAGGGUGAGACCCCUCACCAACAUCCAUCUCACACACCCCUCUCCUUGCCAGACUCAUCACUAGCACCCUGGAAAGAAUACAUAGCCAGCCCCGUCUUCCUACCAUCCUUCGCCCUAAGCCUCCUCUACCUAACAGUCCUAUCCUUCGGCGCAACAAUGGUAACAUACCUGCUCCACGCGGGUUUCACCUCACUACAGGUCAGUUACAUGCGCAUCGGCUCCGUAGCCGCCGAGCUAUCCGGCACAUGGACAGCGCCUAUGAUAAUGAACCGGAUCGGACCGAUUCGGUCCGGGCUUUGGUUCCUCAAUUGGCAAUUUGUCUGUGUUUCCGGUGCAGCUGUGGCGUUCGUUGCUUGGGACUCGAGUUCGAGGUUCGUGGCGGGGACGCUGAUUGCGGGUGUUGCUUUAAGUCGGGUUGGACUUUGGGGAUUUGAUUUGUCUGUUCAGUUUCUUGUUCAGGAGAAUAUCAACGAACAUGCACGCGCCCGUUUCUCAGCGACUGAAAUGGCCCUGCAGAAUGUUUUCGAGAUGCUUUCUUUUGCGUCGACGAUUGCUUUCCCGUUGCCGGCUCAGUUCGGGUAUCCCGUGAUGAUCAGUGCUGGUGCUGUGGCGGUUGCUGCUGUUUGUUUUGCGACGUAUGUGCGCAAGGAACGGGGUCAUCUACUUCAUCGAUCACGGUGUAUGGGUGGUGAUAAAGUGUUAUAUCGAGCGAUUGGGUCUGGGGAAGUUUUGAGCGUUUGA